CUCGUGCCUCGCUACGGAAUAGAGCGGCCACAUCCAAUUAUAUCUGAAACGAAUGCUUACAUAAUAUUCGCAGAAAAGAGUGCAAGGCUCUUUAGCACUGAUGAUUUCCGUGUUCAGAUGACUAUACAGGUAGCCCCGAGAGAUACGGGAAUACGAGUCACCCUAGUCACUGUAUAGCUAGGCUUGGCAGCGGUGGAUGAUAUUGGCCGAUUGAGCUGUUGCGCCUCGUCCGGAUCAUUCAAAGAUAAGAAGGUGCGUGACGCGUGUGGAUUCUUCACUUACACGCAGAUGGAGUAUUCGGCUGUCGAUAUCUCACUGGCCACGAGUCUGCAGCGAUUAGUGUACCUAUACAUGUCGAUGACGACAUUGUGGACUUAUGAUUAUGCUUGUUCGCUUCAUGAAGAGUGGACAUUUCUGCGUCGGUCGCGCUUAACCAAAGUCAAAGCCCUCUACAUCGUCACACGAUAUCUCCCCUUUUUUCUCAUCACCAUGUACCUAUGUCGUACGUUGAUGAGCUCUAGAACAAUAUUCUCGAUAACAUAUCGACGUGUUCUAUUUUCAGUAAACUUUACCCCGAACAGAACCUCCAAUAAAUGCCAGAUAUUGAUCGAUAUUUACUCAUCUCUCAGCCAGAUAUCACUCACCUGCUCUGAAUGUUUUUUUAUGCUCAGAACAUACGCGCUUUGGAACAACAAUAAGAUCGUACUUGUAAUCAUGCUGUCCACCGCUUUUGCUAUGGUCGUAACAUCCAUUAGCAUUCGUUUUAUCAUUAUUUCCACCUCAUACGUUACGACUAGCGGGAUCCCAGGCAUCCCAGGCUGUUCUGGAAGCUCGAGCGGUGUCCUUUACUACAUGUCGUUUAUUUUCUUGUUUGUGUUUCAAUUGGGACUAUUUUCUCUCACACUGAUACGUGCCGUACAGAGCUGGCGGUCGGCCAACGGUCCUCUGCAAGCCGUCCUGGUGAAACAUAACAUGUACUACUAUGCAUGCGGUCUCUUUCUCUCGGCCACAAAUGUCCUCGUGCCAGCGCUAUUUCCAAAUUCCCCAUACUAUACCGCCCUCGAAAAUUUUCAGGUAUACAUCCUUGCGAUCCUUGGAACGCGUAUGCACCUCCAUCUCUGGCAUUUCGACCAGCACAUGCAUAACUCUGAUGCCUUGGUAUACAUUUCUAUGUCGGACAUGUCACCUGCAGAUCUUAUAUUGUAACGUCUUAUCAUAUGGCAUAGUCGUCAGAGGAAUGAGAUUUGGACUACUAGAUGAUGGUUGGGGUGGGACGCAGUUAAUGUACUUUAGUCACAAUAAUCAUAAAACAAAGUAAAGAAAUAAUGCGCGAUAAGAGUGGCC